AGUACAGUAUCGUGUAUUUUUUUACGAAGAGUAGGUUCUCUAGAUAGUCCAUAUUCUAUUAUCCCCUCCAAGAAGUUGGAAAGUCAAGAGCAAAGGGGAAAAAACAUGGCUCUGCAAUGUUAUUGAGAAAUUCAAAGCAGUUUGGUGUUUCGCAUUUAAUUCUUUGACUAUUUUAGAGAAGAAAGUUUAUAUUUUUUGUAGACUUGACUUUCUUUUGAAAUAAACAAUUUAUAAAAGUGGCACGUGAAGUGAAAACGAAAGAAAGUAAAGAAACGAAGGGGUGAAAGAGUGAGAGAGAAAGAGAAGGAAAAUGUGUUCGAUCAAGACGAGUCAUUGUAAAUGUCAUGUAUUUUGCAACAGGGAAUGAUUUACGAAAUACUGAAAAGAAGUGAUUUUAAAGAAUUGAUAUUGCUAGGAAUUAAGAUCAGUUUGCAAUCGUAUCCGUAAGAAUACAGACUACUCUUUCUACGAGUUUUUGGUUAGUGGUUACGAUCAUGACCAUCUGGAUGGUAACCAGUCAGCUGUAACUCGUAACACGCGUUUACACGUGCAGUUUGUAAUUCGUUCAAUGAUCAUUGAGAAAUCCCAUUUAUAUCUAACCAUAAUUCAUAAACCGCAGUUUAAAUGAAAAAUGAUCAUUCCUGGUUCACGUUUGACGAUGAUAUACGAACGGUUUAUAUCUUUUAAUUUAAACGUAUAAGCGCUAUUUCAAAUGCUGAUCACUUCGAUCUAUUUGCGCUAGAAAAGUAUUCCAAGACAUAAUUUGAUGCCCGUAUAGGUUACGUUUAAAUAAAAAAGAAAUUUGGAACGGCCAUGAAAUGAAAAUACGCCCGCGAUGUAUUUUACUUUUAUGUUAUUUUUAAACCACUGAUGUACAAAACACUUGGUCAAAGCCUUGUAAUCUCCAUCUUUGUCUAUAGUUCAAAGAUUAUUCUUGGAAUAUAUUUUAGGUUUACAAGUUAAAUAAUUACAUUAUAGAAUUUGUAUGUUUAAUUCUCUGAUAUUGCAAGUCGGUAGUAUUUUGUGGAAUGUACAUAAGGAUGUCACUAAAGUCUAAGCCAGUUGAUUUUAUUAAAACAUGGAAUGCAUUGCGAGAGACUGUAGAGAGCGUAAUAACGUUGUCAUAUGUUCCACGUGCAACAUGGAAUGAUAGAUUUAGUGAUGUAUAUUCAUUAUGCGUGGCAUAUCCAGAACCAUUUGCCGAUCAGUUGUAUAACGAGACAAAAAGGUUUCUAGAAAAUCAUGUCUUCCAAUUGGUAACAAAAGUUCGUGCCCAAGGCGAAUCUGGUUUACUGCAGGCAUAUUAUCAAGCCUGGACAAAUUAUUCACAGGGCAUCAAUUAUGUGGAUCGCUUGUACUUAUAUUUAAAUCAACAACACAUUAAGAAGCAGAAGGUUUCUGAGGCAGAACUUAUUUAUGGCACGUCUUCCGCUAUGACUGCUGAUUGCCAAGAACAAAUGGAAAUAGGAGAACUUGGUUUAGAUAUUUGGAAGAAACGAAUGAUUACACCAUUAAGAAAGCAAUUGGUCUCUCUGCUGCUGGAAAAUAUUCACGCAGAUAGAAUUGGUACAGCUCCUUCAGCCAGUACAGAAGUUAUUUGUGGAGUUAUACAAAGUUUUGUUCGAGUUGAGGAAUAUAAGAUGAAGGGACAAGUAGAUCUGUAUCAAGAAAUCUUUGAAACACCUUACCUCAAAGCUUGUGGAGAAUUUUAUAGGAGAGAGGCAUCAGAGUUGCUUCAACAGUCAGAUGUAACUCAUUAUAUGGAAAGAGUUACGUGGAGACUCAUUCAAGAAGAGCUCCGUGCUCAUAAGUUUUUACACGCAAGUUCUAUGCCGAAAGUAAGGCAAUGUUGUCAGGAGAAGAUGAUAGCCGCACAUAUAGCUUGGCUUCACGCGGAAGCAGAAAGUAUGAUAGAAAAUGAACGUAGAACGGAUUUAAGUCUUCUUUAUCCAUUGUUAAGGCCAAUACCUUCAGGUUUAACACCGCUAUUACAAAAACUUACUCAAUACAUUACUCAGCAAGGAUUACAGGCAAUCGGUUCUUUACAAGGAGAGAAUCUACACAUACAAUUUGUGGAAAGCAUGCUGGACGUGCAUCACAAAUACUCGGAAUUGAUUAAAGAGGUGUUCAGAGCUGAUCAAGCUUUCAUAAGUGCCCUCGACAAAGCUUGUUCAGCCGUCAUAAACCAUAGGCCUGUUCCCCGACAACCUGCCAGAGCGCCAGAGCUACUUGCUAAAUACUGCGAUUCUUUCUUAAAAAAAUCUGCUAAAGCCACCUCGGAAGGGGAAAUAGAAGAAAAGCUAGGACAUUGUAUUACCGUGUUCAAAUAUCUUGACGAUAAAGAUGUUUUCCAAAAGUUUUACGCACGAAUGUUAGCAAAGCGAUUGAUACAUCAGCAGUCACAGUCAAUGGAUGCCGAGGAAUCCAUGAUCGAUCGAUUAAAACAAGUGUGUGGCUACGAGUUUACGAACAAACUUCACCGAAUGUUUACGGACAUGUCAGUUUCGGCGGACUUAAAUGCCAAAUUUACUACCAGUUUACGAGAAGGAGAUAGAGAAAAUCAGUUAGGCAUCGGUUUUGUAGUAUACGUGUUACAAGCAGGUGCUUGGCCAUUAGGUUUACCUCCAUCUCCAGGACCAUUUGAUAUCCCUCAGCAAUUAGAGAAAUCUAUACAAGCGUUUGAAUCUUUUUAUCGCGCGCAGUUUAGCGGACGGAAACUCACGUGGUUACAUUAUCUUUGUCAAGGUGAACUCAAAUUUAACUAUUUAAAGAAACCUUACUUGGUCACUGUACAGACAUACCAAAUGGCCCUGCUUCUUCUUUUCGAGCACUGCGAUUCGAUACAAUGCAAAGAAGCUGCCGCAUCAUUACGUUUGUCGCACGAUCAGCUAGUUAAACAUGCUACUAGUUUAGUUGACUGUAAAAUUCUGAAGAAAUCAACGGAAGGAGAAUUGGAGGAAGAUACAACUUUGUCUCUUAAUUUUGAUUACUAUAACAAAAGAACGAAGUUUCGAAUAACUGGUACAUUGCAACGAGAUGUACCACACGAAAGUCACGAUACCGAAGCUACGCAUCGCAGUGUCGACGACGACAGAAAAUUGUACCUGCAAGCAGCUAUAGUUCGUAUUAUGAAGAGUCGUAGGGUUUUGAGACACAAUCAACUCGUACAAGAGGUACUAAGUCAAUCUAAGGUUACAUUUGCACCAUCAAUCGGUAUGAUCAAAAAAUGUAUCGAAGCCCUUAUAGAUAAGCAGUAUAUCGAACGUACGCCAAAUAACGCAGAUGAGUAUUCGUACGUCGCAUGAUUUUAUUGUAUCAUCUGUCACCAUCAUUAAUUUAUUUCGUUCAGGGUACUCUUUGAUCAUUCAUAAUAAUAAAAAAAAAACAUUUUCUAAUGUUGAAAUAAAACAUUGAAUAUUAAGGAUCUUUUUUUGAUCUAAUAUAUUUGAUCUGAUAGACGAAAACGAUAUUCUCAUUAAUGGUAUUCUCUAAACCGAAUUGUUUGAAAGAUCAGGGAAAGUAGCCUGAACUGCUUACUUGCUCCUAAAUCAACAAAUUAAUAACUUAGUUGAAUCAAAUAUUUGUAAUAUAUGCGCACGGAAUAAAGAUGAUGUUACUAUUU